AUGCAACAACAGCGAGUUUCAAAUUAUCUUGAUGGAAAUGGUCGCAAUCCUCAAGCAAAGCAACAGCAGAAAGCAAUACUCAAUGCAAUUAAUCAGUUGAACCAAGGAGAAAUUAUUCCUGAGAAAUAUGAUGAGAAAGUUGUAAAGAACAGAAUCAUUCGAGAGAAAGUCAAAUUGAUGUCUGAAAGUUUGGAUGUUCAGAAGAAAGUUGACAAGAAUCAAGACACUUUUACAAUGGAUGAAGAUCUAAUCAUUCAUAACAAAACUGUUAGCAAUAUUCAAAUCUUUUAUUACCUUCCAGUUAAAUGGUUUAAAGCAGAGAAUCAAAGCAUCUUCCAACUCGAUACAGUUUUUUAUCCUAAGCGUGGAUUGUACAAUUACUCGACGAUUGAAGCAGCUAAGAAAAUUUUAAAGGAACAUUUUGAAGAGAUUAGACUGUGUGGCAUUGGUGUCAUCAUUCUACAUUGGGAGCCAAAUAACAGUGAACUUAAUGAUCUACUUCCAAUUGUCUUCCAUCUGUUAUCUGAUAUGAACAAGAACAGUCGCCAAAAUCAAUUAAAACUUGCUAUUCAAAUUGGUGACUAUGAAGAUCGAACAAUUGAAAGCAUCAGAAAUAAUUUGAAGUUCUUCGUCGAUAACUACACAACAAAUCCAAACUUUUUUAAAGUUUAUUCAAUAAGACGACAGAAAACACUUCCAAUAUUUUACUUAAAGAACGCUGAGAAAAUUCGUGAAUGGAGUAAACUUUUGGGCAAGAAUGGUUUGUUGACGAUAAGAGAAACAAAUUACGAUUCCUUCAUUUUAGCGCAUUUGGAAUCAAAAGAAAGCAAAACCAUCGUUCGACAAUCAAAUUUUGAUGGUUUCUAUACUUACAAUACAUCAAAUGGUGCGAAUUACUUCUCAACAUGGAAGAAUUGGGAGAAGCUGAAAAAGUUUGCUGACAUGUAUCAUCUGAUGUUUGUUCCAACUGUUGGCCCAGGAUAUCAUGACGCGUCUUCAAAGUAUAAUCCAUUGAGACGUUUUCGAUCUAAUGGACAGUAUUUUGAAAUUGCCUUUAAGACGGCACUUUUACAUAAUACCGAAUUCGUUACAAUCGAAAGUUAUAAUAAUUUUAACUUUGGCACACAGAUCGAAGCUGUUCUGCCACAUAGCAAAUUCAGAGACUACGCACCACAUCCUCCAAUUAAAUAUCUUAGAAUUGCUCAACAUUGGGCAAAUCAAUUUUACAAAAUUAAACUCGAUAAUCAACGACUUGAUGACAAAAUUUUAUGUGAAAACUUGUUGAACAACACAAUUUGUUAAUCAAAAAUAGGAGAAAUUGUUUGUUAAAAUAUUCAACAUGAAAUUGCUUUAAAACCAUAAUAAAAGUGGAAUUAAAAUGAAAAUCAAUUGCUAAGUUAAUCUUCCAAAACAAGUAGACAGUAAAAAAAUUUAAUUUUCUUAAAAUGAGAACUUUAUGCUUUAUAUUUGACAGAAGUUAACAGAAAAAAUUCUUCCAUUAACUUGCAAUGGUUAGCUG